AUGGCCGAUGCUCCAACGAAUGCUCCGGAGGAGAGGGACACUGAGCUUAAUUCUGAUCGAUUUUAUACGAAACGGGCGCAGCAGAUGCCGACAUCUCACGCCCCGAAACUAUCCUCCCCCUUUCCGUCCCCGACCGAAACCAAGCACAAUACGACAGAAGAGCAAGCUAGCAACGGUGGAAUCAUAUAUGAUGAGGAGAACUCUUACUUCAGCAAGGGGAAAUCCCACGCUGGUGCCGUAAGCGGGGUCUCAGAACCAUUGGAUGCAGCAACCCACACUACGUUAAGCCUUCGACGACCGAACGAAUCUGUUGAGAGUGCCAAUAGACAAGGUAUUAACCAGAAGACACCAAACUCGGUUCCGGCUUCUAUUGCAUCACCCCACCGUGCAAGCGUACAGUUCUCGCGGCAGAAUUCUGAAAUAGAACCUUCCGUGGAGACCUCGCAUUCUCAACCUCCUUCCGUCGCAGGCGAUGAUGCCGACCCAGGGCGAGGAAGACAAUCACUUUUCACCAAGCUCAAAGCAUUUGCUGCCACUCCGACGUUUACAUCCCACGCCCGCUCAUCCAGUAAUGCAACAAUUGGGGACGCUCGUUUUGCCAAUCAUGACCUCUCCACCCCAGGGUCCGAGAGAGGGGAGUUCCGUUUUCCUAAUACAUUAGAGGAAGAAGGAAGCGAUAUAGAUGCCGAUGCAGAAGAAAGCGCAGGUGAGCAGCGACCGCGUGAACCACGAAAGAAGCGACGAUUUCGCCGAGGGCAGGAGAAUGACUCUGCACCACAAACCGAGCCAAAUACGCCAAAAGCGAGCCGGCCGUCGUUCAAUCUUCAUGGAUCGUUUGCACCAUUUGAGAACUACCGUCCUAGCUUCUUCCAACGGAGAGAGAGCGCGCACGAUCUACAUCAGCAGCGCGAAGGUGUCUCCGAAGACGAGGGCCGCGACCGUCUAAGUAGGGAUGCUGCGUGGAGACGGCGAAGCACCUGGCUUAUGAAUUCGCGUGGCUUAACGUAUGGUGGACGGCAGCCAGAAAACCAGACAAACACGGAAGAUAAACGACCAAGCAACCUUCGACGUAUAACUGGCAUAGGAGGUCCGUCAGAAGCCGGAGAAGGACUGGCACCGUCCUGGAGACGUCACCGGCCUGAGCGUGGCUCAAGUUUGAGUGCCCAAAAAUGGCGACAGAUUAAGGCCGGGUUAAAACUUAUCGGACAGCGCGGACGCAGGGUCGAUAGCACCGUCGACCACGCCAAAUCAGCUGAAUUGCUGGCAGAGCUGGCAUCCGGUAUUCCGGCUGCCUUACUUUUAGCCAGUAUGUUUCAGCGAGACGAGCAUGGAAGCAAGCGUAUUCCUAUUCUCCUCGAACAGCUCAAAGUUCGGGUUACAGAUAGUAAGAUCGACUCUCACUCAGGGGACCGUCACCUCGUCUUUCGAAUUGAGUUAGAAUACGGCAGCGGCAUGACACGCAUGAAAUGGAUUAUACAUCGAACGCUGCGUGAUUUUGCUAAUUUACAUUUGAAAUAUAAGCUCCAUUUUGGAACGCAGAAGUACAUCCAACUACGGAACACUGAAAGUGGCCAAAGCCUGCCACGGUUUCCCCGGAGUGCGUUUCCAUACCUACGAGGCGUUCGCGGGUUGGAGAGCGAGGGAGAAGAAGAGGAGGAUGAGGGUGGCUAUGAAACCGCUGCCGAUGCCACGAGUGGCAAUGAAAGACCUGGAAGAAAGCAACAACAUCAGUCCCAUGGGCGACGGCGAUCUUCAGUUGGUAUAGCUCGAAGAAUGUCAAGCUUAACGGGAGCCGAGGGAGAUGCUGGAGCUGGAGCUGCCGGGGAGGGCGGACCGUCAUCGACCAAGAGGGACACCUACCCGGAGAGACAGCGGAAGAAGUUGGAAGGCUACCUUCAGAAGCUGAUUCGAUUCUUGAUUUUCAAGCCUGAUAGCAACCGUUUGUGCAAAUUUCUAGAACUUUCUGCCUUGGGGGUCCGUCUUGCAGCCGAGGGCAGUUACCACGGCAAAGAAGGUUACCUCAUGAUCCAAUCCUCCAAGGGCCUCGAUUUUCGACGAGCCUUUACCCCGGGGAUGAUGAAGAGGCGACAUUCUCCUAAAUGGUUCCUCGUCCGACACAGUUAUGUUGUCUGCGUUGACUCACCUGAAGAGAUGAAUAUCUACGAUGUGUUCUUGGUCGAUCCCUUCUUCAAGCUUCAAUCCCAGAAGGUCGGCCUGCGGCAUCAGAAAGCAAAAGAACUUGCGAAAUCUGCGACAGAAUCAGCAAGACACCCACAACACCACACCCUGAGGCUUGAGAAUUCUGAGCGCAAACUUAGACUGCUGGCGAGGAACGAGCGUCAGCUUCACCAGUUCGAGGAUUCUAUCAAAUUUAUGGUCGACAGUACUCCAUGGGGAAAGCCGAACCGUUUUGAUAGCUUUGCUCCAGUCCGUCAACGCUGUUUCGCUCAAUGGCUGGUUGACGGGCGUGACCAUAUGUGGGUUGUAUCCAGAGCGAUCAACCAGGCCAAGGAUGUCAUUUAUAUUCAUGACUGGUGGCUCAGUCCCGAAUUGUAUAUGCGGCGACCAGCUGCGAUUAGCCAGAAAUGGCGUCUUGAUCGUCUUCUUCAGCGGAAGGCCCGCGAGGGCGUGAAGAUUUUUGUCAUCAUGUAUCGCAAUAUAAACUCCGCCAUUCCAAUCGACUCGGAAUACUCUAAAUUCUCCCUGCUUGAUCUGCAUCCGAACAUUUUUGUUCAACGCUCACCCAACCAAUUCCGACAGAAUACAUUUUUCUGGGCGCACCACGAAAAACUUUGCCUUAUUGACCACACCCUGGCUUUCGUUGGAGGAAUUGAUUUGUGUUUUGGACGAUGGGACACCCCGCAACAUCUUCUGACUGACGAUAAACCAACCGGUUUCGAGGCUCCUGGUGGUCAUAAAGAUACGGACAACAGCCAGCUCUGGCCCGGCAAGGACUACUCGAACCCUCGGAUACAGGACUUCUAUGACUUGGACAAGCCUUACGAGGAAAUGUAUGAUCGCAAUGUUAUACCAAGGAUGCCGUGGCAUGAUAUUUCUAUGCAUGUCGUUGGCCAGCCAGCGAGGGACCUUACCCGACACUUCGUCCAACGAUGGAAUUAUAUACUGCGGCAACGGAAACCAACACGUCCGACCCCAUUUCUAUUGCCUCCGCCAGAUUUUGAGGCUGCGGAUCUGGAAGCACUUGGUCUUGACGGAACCUGCGAGGUCCAGAUCUUGCGCUCCAGUAGUGUAUGGUCUACGGGAACUCCAGAGGUUACGGAGCACAGUAUCAUGAACGCUUAUGUGAAGCUGAUCGAAGAAUCGGAGCAUUUCGUUUAUAUUGAAAACCAGUUUUUCGUCAGUACUUGCGAGAUUGAUGGCAGGAAGAUUGAGAACUUGAUUGGUGAUGCACUAGUAGAGCGGAUCACCAGAGCUGCAAAGAAUAAGGAGGCGUGGCGUGCAGUCAUUGUCAUUCCACUGAUACCAGGUUUCCAGAACACGGUGGACAGUGAGGGCGGAACAAGUGUUCGUUUGAUCAUGAUGUGCCAGUACCGCAGUAUCUGCCGCGGAGAAACGUCAAUUUUUGGGCGGCUGCGUGCCCUAGGAAUUGAGCCGGAGGAUUAUAUUCAGUUCUUCAGCCUCCGAGCCUGGGGUAAGAUCGGUCCUCAGAAACAGCUUGUCACGGAGCAACUUUACAUUCAUGCCAAGUGUAUGAUUGUGGAUGACCGAGCAGCCAUCAUUGGAUCCGCAAAUAUCAACGAGAGGUCUAUGCUGGGGUCGCGAGACUCAGAGGUUGCUUCAGUAGUGCGUGAUACGGACAUGAUAUGGUCCACCAUGAAUGGUCGGCCUUAUCUUGUCGGGCGAUUUCCGCACACACUUCGCAUGCGUCUUAUGAGAGAGCAUCUUGGGAUUGAUGUCGAUGAGUUGAUGGAGCAUUCCUUAGCUACGGAGGAAGAAUUGCGAAAGAUCCAGAUCGAUGAAGAGGAGCCCAAGCCGCUUCGAAAGGCUAAACUUGAUUCAGAGUCCCUUAUGUUAGAGAAACAAGAUGAAAGAGAUAUGAUCGAGCGCCGCCAUCGUAUUCAGGAUGAGUUCUUAUCUCGUUCUGAGGACCUACACAGCUUUAAUCAUGACGUCGACUGGGAGCAGGGUAACAACCCGAACCUCAAGUCGAACAGAAAGCUUACGACAGACACGAGGGUAAUUUCCAAUAACGACCAUAGGAAGGAUGUGGAGGGGCUCGGUACCGACAAUCUUCGCGUUGCAGAGGAGAAUGGGCUAGGAAACUCCCGCGAUUCAGAAAUUUUCAACAACAGGCGAGAGGUGUUAGUUUCCCCUAUUGCUAGUGAAGGCAAAGGCACCGUUCAGCGACCAAACCCUCCACGAAAGAAUUCGCAACAAAAUAAUAGCCCCGUCAGCCAAGACCUAACUGCAACGCAACCUACCCUGGCGGCCGAAGAUGGUGGUACUGCUCCAGUCGUGGAAGCAAUGCCGGUCCAAAAUCCAUCCCUAGCGGCUUCGCAAGAUGGGAGCUUACCCUUGGCAAUACCUAAGGAGAAGUUUGAUACAUUGAAGUUCUCGUCGCCGGCUUUGUCCCCUCUUGGUCCGGAUGUGAAGCAUAUCUUCGUUGACAAAGACUGCAUGAGGGACCCCGUGGUCGACGUGUUCUACUUGGAUACGUGGCAAGCUGUGGCGGAAAAGAAUACUAAAAUUUUCCGAAACGUUUUUCGCUGUAUGCCUGACAGUGAAGUCAGAUCUUGGAAAGAAUACAAGGAGUAUACUGCAUAUGGGGAGCGGUUUGCAGAGAUGCAAAGCCACCACACCGCGAAGGCUUUCAACCCGAAUCAUCAACGACAGACAGGCCCCCCAGGUACAGGUACUACCUGGCCAAACCAACUUAAGCCGAAUCUCCCAUUGGCUUUACACCGCACGGGGAGCCACUCUACGGAACAGAAGAGCCAGACCCCGACAGACGAGAAGUCAGACGGACCAAAUUCAAACGAUCGACUACAAUCUGAUCUAGUCAACCAUGAAGCCGCAUCACCGUUGAACGAGAAGGCUACUUUGAAGCCGGUGGACGGGCCUGGAACCGGCACUGAACGGCAGGAAGACAACAUUUCCUCUGGAGAUGAUCUUGAAAGACAACGUUCAGAGGCGCCCCAAGUCGACUAUUCGGAAGCAUUGAAUCGGAAUGCCACAAAUCACUCACGACGUCGUAGACGCAGGGCCACAACACUGGGGUCAAAGAGGGAUUUCACGACCGACGAAGUCAUAGACAAGCAAAGAGCUGAAGAUCUCCUCAACCAGGUUCAGGGGCAUCUCAUCCUCUGGCCUUAUGAUUGGCUUGAGAAAGAAGAACAGGGUGGGAACUGGCUUUACACCCUCGACCAAAUCUCUCCUCUGGAAAUUUAG